AUGGCACCCUUAUCUGGCCUGUUGUGGCGGCACCUUCGCGUGCACCAGGUGUACGGCGCCAACACGGACGUGGGCAAGACCAUCUUCACAACGAUCCUCUGCAAUGCCGCGACCAAGUUCUACAACCAUGAACGCACCUCCUACCUGAAGCCUGUGUCCACGGGCCCGGCCAGUGAGGCAGACAGUUCGUCGUUUCGCUCCCUCCGUCGCUGCAGAGACACUCGUGCAGUACGAUGUACCGUGCAGCCCGCAUACUGCAGCCAGGUUGUCCGGCCGGGUACCACUUCCGUUGCGGCUUUAUCCAAGCUUGGUCUGACUGGUUGGCAGGACAUUCCCUCAGAUGACGCUCUCCGGCGGUCCAUCCAUGAUCACGCCCUCAGAAACGCCGCCUUCGGUCCUGGAUGGCUGUUUCUUGAAACGGCCGGAGGUGUGCAUUCACCCGGUCCGACGGGAACCCCGCAAGCCGACCUCUAUGCGCCUCUUCGACUACCUACUGUCCUCGUCGGCGACUCCAAGCUUGGAGGCAUCUCACAGACCAUUGCCGCGUAUGAGUCCCUGAAAUUACGCGGUCUGGACGUUGAGGCAGUGCUGCUCUUUCAGAAUGCAACGUACGAGAACCAUCUGUACCUCAAGGACUACUUCCAAGAACAUGCAGGCAUUCCUGUCGAGACGGUCACCGCCCCGCCAGAACGGCACGAGGAUCCUCAGUACGACCAUGGCGCUCUGUUAGCGUACUACGAGCGCGAGAGCUCUAGCGAAACUGCCCACGCCGUCCUCAAGGACCUGGAUCAUCGGGGCAAGAGCCGCAUUGCGCGCCUCGAGAACAUGCCUCAGAGUGCGAGCAAGAAUAUCUGGUACCCUUUCACCCAGCAAAAGCUACUCACGCCUGACCGCAUCUCCGUCAUCGAUUCGGCCAAUGGCGACUUUUUCCAGGUCUUGACCCCCGCCGCUGCUCCCUCCCCCGCAAACGAGAGUGGAUUGCUACAACCGGCUUUCGAUGGCUCUGCCUCUUGGUGGACCCAGGGUCUCGGUCACGGAAACCCGCGCCUCACACUGGCCGCUGCCUAUGCUGCCGGUCGCUACGGCCACGUCAUGUUCGCCGAGGCGAUCCAUGAGCCUGCCCUUGCUCUCGCUGAGAAGCUGCUCCACGGCAUGGGCAACUCACGGCUGACGCGAGUGUUCUACACCGACAACGGGAGCACCGGCUGCGAGGUCGCCGUCAAGAUGGCUCUUCGCGCUGCCAGGCUGCGCUACGGCUGGGCUGCCUCCGAGAAGAUGGAAAUUCUCGGCCUCAAAGGGAGCUAUCACGGUGAUACCAUCGGCACCAUGGAUUGCUCGGAGCCGAGCGUCUUCAACGAAAAGGUAGAAUGGUACAAAGGUAAGGGCUUCUGGUUUGACCACCCCAGUGUAUGGUGCCGCGAUGGCAAGUGGGUCGUCGACACGCCGGAGGCGCUACAGGAGGAUCUCGGUGAUGGAGCGAAGUUUGAAUCUCUCAGCGAUGUGUUCGAUCUCGGCAACAGGGCUCAGACGAAGGUAUAUGAGUCGUACAAGAACUAUUUCCGUUCCGUGUUAGAACGACUCCAGAAACAGGGCGGACGCAAGUUCGGCGCCUUGAUGCUGGAGCCUGUCGUUCUUGGCGCUGGCGGCAUGAUCCUGGUGGACCCUCUCUAUCAGAAAGCGCUCGUCGACGUCGUGCGUUCUUCGCCUGAACUGUUCGGCAACUCCACCAUGCCCAGCACCACCGAGCACGACUGGCAGGGCCUCCCCGUCAUCUUUGACGAGGUCUUUACCGGCCUCUACCGCCUUGGCCGUUUCAGCUCAUCAUCUCUGCUCGCCACCUCCGCCGACAUUUCUGUUCACGCCAAGCUUCUCACGGGUGGGCUUUUGCCUCUCUCUACGACACUGGCCUCGGAGUCCAUCUUCAACGCCUUUACGAGCGACGACAAGAGCGACGCGCUGCUUCAUGGGCAUAGCUACACGGCUCACGCGGUCGGCUGCCAGGUCUCCGUGGAGUCUUUAGACCAGUUGCAGCGCAUGGACGAGAAUGGCGCGUGGGACUGGGCCAAGAGGAACUCGAGUGGAAAGGCGCUAGAUGCCGCUACCAGUCCGGGCCCUCGGGCACUACCUGGUCCAUGUGGUCGAACGAGUUCAUCGACAGCCUCUCGAGACAGUCCGACAAGGUCGCGGGCGCUUGGGCUUUGGGCAGUGUUCUUACGAUCAGCAUGCGGAGUGAUGAUGGGGUCGGAUACACGAGCAAGGCUGCUGCUAGGCUUCAGGCUGGCCUUCGCGACGGCAAAGGGGCGUGGGAUAUUCACACCCGUGUUUUGGGGAAUGUUCUGUAUAUCAUGA